GGCGGCUGAUGGAGGACGGGCCGGAGCUGUACGGCAUCGAAGAUGAGUUCGAGGCGCAGUUCGCAGACGAGCUGGAGGUCCUGGCGGAGCUGGAAGGUCCAGCCCCACCAGUGUCCUGCAAUAAGGUCUCAAAAUUCCGAAACCAAAAGCGAACGUUUGAAGAGGCGCUCUCUGCCGGGGAUCUGCUGAAGAACUCCCGUGCUGUAGACCACCAUCCCCGUCUGGAAAAAGAUGGCCAAAGCCAGGUUCUCCCCAAGAAGAUGCUGAGCGAAGCUGGCCCAAAAUGUGGGGGGCCAGAACACUCCCCAAAACUCACAGAAGUGAUCGAAGAUCCCCAAGAUCAUCUGAUCCAGCAGGAUGGCACGGCUCACACACCAAAACCAAAGCGGCGGCGACUUGAAGCUGUGAAGCGGCUGGACUUUGGGCAAGUCAACAGAACUGUCUCUGAAGACUUACCACAGGAUAGGGUAGCACCAGCUCUUUCUCCAAGCACGUGUUCUGAACAGCUGGAUGCAAGGAAUCCAAGACCUGAUAUCACGGACCAGGGGGGAAUAAGUGACAUAGCCCUGCUGCAUGUCACGCCUCCAGAAAAGAAGGAAUCUGGGAAGGUCCUCAAGCGUCCACCCAUCCUGCAGGACUACAUCAACGUGACCUCUACUAACGGGACACGGGUCUUUAUGGUUGUGAAUGAUGAUGGCGUGGCAACAGAGCUUGCCACCUCUAUUGGCUGGAAGAGACACAGACCACUUCACCUUCUGGGUGUCCCGUUCUCCUACCUAAAAGAGCAAGUGACGGAAGAGCGCCGGAGGCAAAUCCUUGAGUCUUCACAGCAGCUGAUGGAGGUUUUGAGCAGACUGGCGGCUGAGGAAACCCAAGAAGAAGCCCCUGUGCCUAAUGGGAAAGAGAGCAGUGGCAUAGCAGAAGCAGAAACGUCAACAUCUGCCCUAGAUUCCCUCUGGGUUGACCAAUUCACUCCCAGACGCUAUGUGGAGUUGCUAAGUGAUGAUUACACGAAUCGGUGCCUCCUGAAGUGGCUGAAGCUAUGGGACGUGCUUGUGUUUGGGAAGGAGAAACCCUGCAGGAAGGCCCCGCUGCCCUCUGGGACCCAGCCACCUUUCAAGCCUUCCAGAGAACAGGGAACCAGAUGGAAGACCAAAGCACAGAUGACGGAGGAGGCCUUGGAGGCUGAGCUGGACCAGCACAAUCGACCAAAAUGCAAGAUUGCUCUCCUUUGCGGACCGCCUGGCUUGGGGAAGACUACUCUGGCUCAUGUCAUUGCAAAGCACGCUGGAUAUAAUGUGGUGGAAAUGAAUGCCAGUGAUGACCGUAGCCCAGAUGUCUUCAAAACACGAAUUGAGGCUGCCACUCAGAUGAAAUCAGUGCUGGGAGCCAAUGAGAAGCCCAACUGCUUGGUCAUUGAUGAGAUAGAUGGUGCCCCGAUGGCAUCUAUCAAUGUGCUGUUAAGCAUAAUCAACCGUAAAGCUGGUGUGGCAGAAUCCGAAGACCGACCAAGCGGGACAAAGAGCAGAAGAGAAGGCGGGCUGCUGCUCCGGCCAGUCGUCUGCAUUUGCAAUGACCAGUAUGUCCCUGCUUUGCGGCUUCUGAAGCAGCAAGCUUUUAUUCUCAGCUUUCCCUCAACUUCUCAGUCAAGGCUGGUCCAGAGGCUACAUGAGAUCACCGUCCUACAGGGCAUGAAAGCUGAUAUCGGGGCACUCACAGCAUUGUGUGAGAAGACAGACAAUGACAUUCGCUCUUGCAUUAACACCCUGCAGUUCCUGUACAGCCGAGGCAAGAAAGAGCUGAACGUGAGGACGGUUCAGACUGCAACGGUUGGCUUAAAAGACCAGAACAAAGGGCUGUUUUCCAUCUGGCAGGAGAUCUUCCAGCUGCCCAAAGUGCGCAGGAAGAACUUAGGCACAGACCCUUCCAUUCCAGCCAGCCUCCUUCUUGGUGGAGCCAGUGAUGUGUUUGGCAGAGGAGCCGGUCAGACGUCCAUCAGUUCCUCCACUCAGCAGUUCCAUCGCAUUUUGCACCUCAGUGUCUCUUCGGGAGAACACGAAAAGCUCAGCCAGGGCUUGUAUGACAACUUCCUCAAUAUGAAGGUGAAGGAUUCCAGCUUCGGCUCGAUCUGCUUGGCCUUGGAGUGGCUCAGCUUCUCUGAUCUGCUGAGCAAGGCAGUCCUGGUCAGCCAGAGCUUCCAGCUGAUGAGAUACUUGCCCUUCCUCCCAGUUUCUUUUCACUUGCUCUUUGCUGCUUCCAGUAUUCCCAGACUGAUCUAUCCACACAGCCAACAUGAGGCCCUAUCAAAACUGACCCAGAUGCAGAACCUGGUAGAUUCCAUGAUUUCUGGAAUUGCACCCAACUCGCGUAGCCGUGCCGGACCUCAGUCUUUUACCCUCGAGGCCCUUUGUCUCCUCUUGGAGAUUAUCUCACCAAAGUUGAGACCGGUCAACACCCAGCUGUACAGUCAGAAGGAGAAGGAGCAGCUGGCACAGCUGAUCAAUACUAUGCUGACAUACAAUCUUACCUACCAUCAGGAGCGGACUCCCGAGGGCCAGUACGUCUACAAGCUUGACCCGAACGUGGAAGAAGUUUGUAGGUUUCCCGAUCUUCCACUUCGGAAACCGCUGACUUACCAGGCCAAGCAGCUCAUUGCAAGAGAGAUCCAGCUGGAGAAGAUGAAGCGAACAGAGGCUGCUCUCCAGGCAUCAGAAGCCAGAUCAGUCCCCACAGAAACCAACCAUGAAAUGAGGAUGAACGUGCAGCUGCGCAAAUCCAGGAUAAGGAACCACGAGCAAAGCCUUGACCAAAUUGUGAAGAGAGCAACAAUUGAGGAAAAGCCAGAAACUGACUUCUUUGGCCGGGUUGUCCUCAAGAAAAAGGUGCUCCCUUCGCCAGACGCUGAUCAGGUGCCUGAGAAAAAUACAGUGGAAAAGCAAAUUGGAAAAGCUGUUGGACAAAGUGAUGUUUGGUUCCGGUUUAAUGAAGGUGUUUCCAAUGCAGUUCGGAGAAACAUUUAUAUUAAAGAUUUGUUCUAGCAAUUAAAAAAAACAAGAAAUGAAAUAGGGGCGUGAAAAAGCAGGCAGCAGGAGGAACGUUUCAAUGUAUUUUUUGUAUUAAAUCCUUUUUUUAGAAUAAAUAAA